AUGGAGGAGCGCGGGCCCCCCGACGUGCCGUUGAUCGUGACCCCGCCGUGCGCGGGCGCGGCACUCACCACCUCGCGACGCGCCGCCUCCGCCCGCGGCUCGCGCGACGACCCCCCGCCCUCCACCUGGCGCUCCUCAGUACGUGUGCGUGACACCAGUUUCCGUGGCUCCCGAAAAAGCGUCGUUCGCCUCGAACCGCCCUGUAAUGGCCUCAACGGGUUGCCCGCCAUCGGCAAGGAGGUCCUGUCACUGGGCGCGACGGGCGGCCACAAGGGAACCACGCAACCAUCACAUCCCUGCACUAUCCUCCACCAUUCUCCUUAUAAGGCCGCUUGGGAUUGGUUGAUUCUGAUAUUGGUCAUCUACACCGCAAUAUUUACCCCCUACGUGGCCGCUUUCCAGCUGAACGAACCAGAUUUCGACAAACGAUCGCGAGGUUUUGGCCAGGACCCUAUAGUAGUUAUUGAUAUGAUAGUGGACGUGACAUUCAUAAUAGACAUCCUAAUCAACUUCCGCACUACGUACGUGAACGCAGCAGACGAAGUGGAAUCAGACCCCGGGAAAAUCGCCCUGCAUUAUUUGCGAGGGUGGUUUGUCAUCGACCUUGUCGCCGCCAUCCCCUUCGACCUACUUCUCUUCGGAACCGACACCGACGAACAGGGGCUGGAAAGUGAUGAGACGACUACCCUCAUCGGUUUGUUGAAAACAGCGCGCUUAUUGCGACUGGUGCGAGUGGCGCGUAAGAUCGACAGAUACUCCGAAUAUGGUACUGCCGUCCUCCUCCUUCUUAUGGCUACCUUUGUCCUUAUUGCACAUUGGCUCGCUUGUCUAUGGUACGCAAUUGGAAGCUGGGAGAGACCUCAGCUUCAUGCACCUAUUGGCUGGCUUGACGCGCUCGCUAACGAUGUCCAAGCUUCGUACGACAACUCUACUGGACCUUCGAUGAGAUCUCGUUACAUCACCGCUUUAUACUUUACAUGUACAUCAUUAACAAGCGUCGGCUUUGGCAAUGUAGCGCCUAACACUGAUAUGGAGAAAGGUUUCACAAUAUUCGUCAUGCUUGUUGGAUCUCUUAUGUACGCUAGUAUUUUUGGAAACGUAUCCGCAAUAAUUCAAAGGCUAUAUUCGGGGACUGCGAGGUAUCAUACUCAAAUACUGAGAGUUCGGGAGUUCAUUAGAUUUCACCAGAUCACGAAUCCUUUACGGCAAAGAUUAGAAGAAUACUUUCAACAUGCGUGGAGUUAUACGAACGGAAUCGACACAUCUAGUGUAUUAAAAGGCUUUCCCGAAUGUCUCCAAGCUGACAUUUGUCUCCAUUUAAACAGAAAUUUACUCGCUAAUUGUUCUGCUUUUGAAGGUGCUAGUCCUGGUUGCUUAAGGGCGCUCUCUCUAAGAUUUAAGACUACUCAUGCACCUCCUGGAGAAACUUUGGUUCAUCGAGGCGAUGUUCUAACAUCUUUGUACUUUAUAUCUAGAGGAUCCAUAGAAAUUCUUAAGGAUGAUAUUGUUAUGGCCAUAUUAGGUAAGGACGACAUUUUUGGUGAAAACCCGUGCGUACAUGGUACAGUGGGGCGUAGUAAUUGCAGGGUUCGUGCACUCACCUACUGCGAUCUGCAUCGGGUACAUAGGGAUGACCUGCUUGACGUACUCGACUUCUAUCCUGAAUUUCGCGCUUCAUUCGUAAACAAUCUUGAAAUAACCUACAAUAUGCGAGAUGAAGAUUUAGGGGGUAUCGAGCCUCGACGGCGAAUGCGAUAUGAAAAUCCUUGCGACGCUAGACUACUUCGCGAGGCGUACGCCCGCACCACGCGCCGUCCUCACACUGAAACAUUUGCAGACAAGGUGGAUUCACAAUGUAGUGAUGAAGACACAGAGUCUCCGCCUAGUCGAGGCAUUUUAGAAUUUUCAGCGGACAAAGCAGGCCAGGAUGUCACUCCUUUAAACUUCAACUUCAGUAAGCAACGUUCCACAACGCUUAAUUCUAUUACAGGCAUGCUAGCGCAACUAAAACGGAGCUUCCCAGACCUCUACCACCAUAAAACCCACCAGCCGCUACACAACAAAUACUCUCAAUCAACACCUCAAACAUACAGAGGUCGAGCAGCCGUUCGUCGGCAGUCUUCUGUAGGUCCCUUGAAUGACACUUCGCCGUUGACUGGAGGUAUGGCUGGUGAGCCAGCAGUCAGCACACCCGCGCACAGCGCUACGCUCCCAGUGUCAAGCCUCAGCACUAACCCUAGCUCGUAUUAUACCAACGCGUCUCCCAGUCCGCCGGCGCCCGCACCCGUCCACGUCUCCUGCGACGACAUCCUAGCUCCAAGUGCGCCACAAGCCGUAGGCCGCACCUCUAGGUCAGCCCCACACUCGGCUGUCAAUUUACAUCAAACUGGCCGGCCGACGGCGCUUGCCUUCACAUCUGAAAGAGUACAAAAUACAACGCAGGAUGUUAUUUCACCACAGUAUCAAAAUGUGGGUGCAGCUGCUACUGCGGCAUCGGUAGCAACAAUCCUGACGAGGUUAGAAGAGCUAAGUAGACGAGUUGCUGUAUUAGAAACGGGCCUCACUGCAGAUGUGCGACGUAUUUUACAAUUAUUGCAAGCCCGGGAUGCCCCUCACCACAAUGCGCAGCCUGCGCACACUCCUUCGCAACCUCUACCAAAAGCUUCGCUUUCCGUUCCUCAAUCGAAUGAGAACCAGUGGGAGUGGAAUUGGAACGGAGACCGCGAGCGUGGCGGGCGCGGCGGGCGGGAGCGUGCCGACCGUACGCCGGGAGUCCAGCGGUCGGCGUCGGAGCCCCACGCGCCCGUGCCGCCGGCGCUGCCGCCGCCGCCACACUCACACUCGUUCUACAGAGUCCGUCUCGUGCGGCUCGCUGGCGGCGGCGGCGCCCGUCGGCACGCCCGGCGGCACACCCAGCAGCACGCUCGCCGCGCCGCGCGCGCGCUUCCACUUCUGCCGGCGCAUAACACAUGUGCGCCGCGACGAUUUGAGGACCUUCCUCUGACGCGCCCGACCCCACGGACCAAUUUUGUACUCUCGUCGAUGCCUAAU